UUAGCCAGUGCAUCAGCUGACGAGACUGUCAUUGUGUGGGAUCUUUGUCAAGGCAAAGCAGCCAGCUCCCUUUGCAGACACACUGAUAAAGUGCAAACGUUAGCUUUCCACCCCUUCGAGGCGCAAACUCUCCUCUCUGGAUCUUACGACAAAACGGCGCUUCUGUACGACUGCCGCAGCCCCGACACCAGUUACCGCACGUGGAGGUUCAGCGGUCAGGUCGAACGUCUUGUGUGGAACCACUUCUCGCCGUGUAACUUCCUGGCCAGCACAGAUGACGGCUUUGUCUACUGUCUGGACGCUCGCUCCGAUAAACCUGUUUUUACACUCAAGGCGCAUGAUGAGGAAGUGUCAGGUUUGUCUCUCAGCAGCCAGAUCAAAGGAUGUUUGGUCACGUCGUCGGCAGACAAACAUGUUAAAAUUUGGGACAUUUUGGGCGACAAACCCAAGUUGGUGCAUUCGAGGGACAUGAAAAUGGGUGUCCUGUUCUGCACAUCAUGCUGCCCCGAUCGACCCUUCACUUACGCCUUUGGAGGACAGAAAGAUGGCUUACGAGUUUGGGAUUUAAGUGAUGUUGCAACAGUGGCAGAGGUGUUUGGCGGUCGUGAGCGCUUGGUGGUGAACGCAGGCUCAGCCGCAGCGCAGAUGGACACCGCGUAGUGGCACAACAACAGCUUAAAAAUAGAAAUAAAUUGUUUCCUUCAUGGUGGAGUGUGUUCACGGUGUGACACCUUAAAGUUCAGGCAAAGAAACACUUUCAUAUAGAAGUUGAUCAUGUUGAGCCUGUCAUUUGUGAGGUGACGGCAGCAACAAUUGC